GCAAUCGUCGUCUUGGUAGUAUCCGAUUCGUGGCCUUGUUUUGUGGUAUUCGUUGACCGGGUUGUAACGUUCCGAUCGCGCCGUUUUCUACCGAAAAUUCGUAAAAGUAGGUUCUCGCGUUUCCGCCGUAACGAACGAACGAUCGCGUAAAAAUCGUGAUCGUAUGUCUCAGUGGAGUUUCGAAUGCACGCGGGUUUGGAGGAAAGCGAGCGAACCGAGCUCCGGUAGAGGGGAGCAGGCAGUUUUGCCUGGUCGUAUAUGUAGCCCGCUCGGCAAAAUGAAAAUGGCGGUGUUCCCGUAUGAACGGUGCAACGGCCACUGACGAUGUUCGUCACGGUAACGGACACGUGAGCCGAAUCGAGUGUGGGACUUUCACGCGUCUUGUAUGCAUACACGAGGAUCGUUCAGUGUCACAUUAUAGGCGGGAACGGGUCGGUGCGAGCACGAUAUAUAGGAUAGCAAGCGCGAUACUUUUUUUUUUUUUCGUCGAUCGAGGGACAAACAAACACGAUGGAGUGAUACCGCGAAGUGUUGACUCCGCGGACAAGUGGGGAAGUGUCGGCUAAUAAAUUCGUGUAGUUGGAGGACAAAAAGCCUUCAUGCCGAUGCCGGCCGAAUACCACGAGAACCACGGUAACCACGAGAACGCUAAUUUCGCUCUCGGGGCCACACAGGACGCCAGCAACAUGACGGCCAACAUGUACCGGGUGGGAGAUUACGUAUAUUUCGAAACAUCUUCCACAUCUCCCUACCAGAUUAGAAGGAUAGAAGAAUUGAACAAGACGGCAAGUGGAAAUGUUGAAGCAAAAGUCAUGUGCUUCUUCAGGCGGAGGGAUUUACCAUCUACAUUAAUCAUGCUUGCAGAUAAACAUCAAUUGGCAAGCGCGGAGCAGCAGAGGUCAGAUUCCCCUGCGAGCACACAGAGUCAGAAACUCGAGAAUCCAGAUACUACUAAGGAAAUGACUAGUAAAGAUGGGAUCGGGCCCAAAGUGAUGAACAAAGGGGGCGGGAAGGGUGGAUGGCUGAAGGCCCCAUUAUCAGAGGCCCAAGAGCCUCAUGGGAUGGAAGAGAGUGUAGUAGGUGCUGGAGGAGUUACAGAAUUAAGUUCUAAACAACGUCAUCAAAUGAAGCACAGAGAACUAUUUCUAUCGCGUCAGGUGGAAACAAUGCCGGCUACACACAUAAGAGGCAAAUGCUGUGUAACUUUGUUAAAUGAAACGGAAUCUUUACUAAGCUAUUUAAACAAAGAGGAUUCUUUCUUUUAUUGCUUAGUAUUUGAUCCUGCUCAGCGCACUUUGCUCGCUGACAAAGGCGAAAUUAGAGUAGGCAGUAGAUAUCAAGCUGAUGGUAUAGCGCCAUCUCCGUUCACACCUGCUGAAAGGGAAUCGGAUCCUCGUAGGUUACAGGAUUUAGAAACUUUGGUUUGGACACCGCGGCAUUCCCUAACAGACCGUCAGAUUGAUCAAUUCCUCGUUGUCAGUAGAUCCGUAGGCACAUUCGCAAGAGCUUUAGACUGUUCGUCUUCAGUUAAGCAGCCCUCUUUACAUAUGUCUGCAGCAGCUGCAUCAAGAGACAUUACUCUUUUCCAUGCAAUGGAUACUUUGCAUCGGCACAAUUACGAUGUUGCAAAAGCAAUGUCGUCUUUGGUGCCGAGCACUGGUCCAGUAUUAUGCAGAGACGAAAUGGAAGAAUGGAGCGCAUCCGAAGCUAAUCUUUUCGAAGAAGCCCUUGAUAAAUACGGAAAAGAUUUCGCCGAUAUUCGUCAAGACUUUUUACCAUGGAAAACGUUAAAAAACGUUAUCGAAUAUUAUUACAUGUGGAAGACAACGGAUAGAUACGUACAACAAAAGAGGGUAAAAGCUGUAGAAGCUGAAAGUAAACUUAAACAGGUUUAUAUACCAAAUUAUAAUAAGAACGCGCCACCUACAACUGCACCUACUGCAGCAACUAUCGUACCUCUUGGUAAUAGUAAUAGUAACAGUAACGGAAAACCAACUAGUGUUCUCAAUGGCAAUAGCAAUGGUAACACGGCGACUGAUAAUACUGGAAUAUUAAUGGUCGGAGUUGGUGGUAAGCCGUGUGAAAGUUGUCAAGUUAUGCAAAGCCCGCAAUGGUAUGCUUGGGGCCCAUCACAUAUGCAGUGUCGUCUGUGUCAGUCAUGUUGGACGUAUUGGAAGAAGUACGGGGGUCUUAAGGUUCCGUCGCGCAUCGAUGAUGUUGAUUUGGACAGAAAACGAGGCGGUACAGGCUCAGACGAGGAAAGUAAAGGAAUUUGCGGUGCUCACAGACCACAUCGAUGUAGUAUUCCUUCAUGUGGUAAAGAAUUCAAGCUCAAAGCACAUCUAAGUCGCCAUUAUGCAAGCGCUCAUGGCGUUGAUUUACGUGGAAGCGGAGCAAGUGGAGGCGGCGGCGGCGGAUCUCCUAGACCUGUGAUGAAAACGCGUUCCGCAUUUUAUUUGCGUACUUCAGCUUUGGCGCGAGCUGCACGGAGACUGUGCGCAGCACAGUUACGUACACGACAUGCAGCCCGAGCACCUCAUCAGCCUAUAAACGCAGCGCCACUGCGACAUCUUUGCGCCUCUCCUCAAUUGACAUCAAAAAGUCCUGCGGAGUUACGUAUUUUAGCACGGGCUGUGAGACCUCGACCUCGUCCACGCGUCACCGACAUAGCAACACGUUUAGGGGAUCAUCCCGCUCCACGGCAACCCGGUGAUUGGGAUUGGUUAGCUCUUACGGCACCAGCACAACGAAAAGAACCUGAUCGGGUGUCUUUCCCUAAACCGCCGAAAGCACCAGAUGGAAGCCUUUUGUACGAAAGGGUACCAAAUAAAUCGGAAGUGGAUAGGUUGCCAGUAACUCCGCCUCAGCCACAACCUACUAUGCAGACGCAACAAACAAUACUGAAACGCACAAGACCUCCGUUCGACGAAAUCAACGGAUCAGAUGGCUUCUACUCUGAUGUGGAUUGGGAUGAAGGUAUUGCCCUAAGUGCGGGGCUCCCUGGUGGACCACCUGCAAAAAGAGCUCACCAUUCUCAGCAGCUGCAUCCAAAGCACGCUUUGGAACACACUGCACCUCCUGUUCUUCCAUUAGCACCACCUUUAAAUGGAAGAGCCGCUCACCCACAUACCUUGCCUCACGGCCCUCCAUUGUCUAGAAGUAAUGCACGUAAACAAGUUAUUUCAUGGAUGGACGCACCCGAUGAUGUCUAUUUCCGCGCUUCGAAUCAGAUCAAAAGACUUAGAAGAACCCUCUCAUCUGUAGAACUUCGAAGAGCAGCGCGCAAACCGUGGCGUAGAUUACAAGUACCUUUACAUCCACCUCAUCCACAAAGAGCGGUGCGCGGUGAUGAUAUGGUCGUCAUCUUGGACUGAAUUAACGAUACAAUCAAUCCGGCAAACUGAUAGUACGUCGGUUUGCUAUGAGGAAAUCAUGCUGUUAUUGUAAUUUUAAUGCCAGAGUGACCACAGUGAAGAUAUCCCAGCUUUAUGUAUUGUCAUUGGCAGCUCUGACGUUGAGCAAGGACUAAUCACUGUUCGAAAUUUUUUCAAUAAUUUUCGAAACAGUAAUUCGCCGAAACUGAAGGCCUCGCUUAACCGAAUUUGCGUAUUGCAUUGACAUCGCUGAAACAUACUUCACUCGUAUGGACAAUGAGAAGCGAUUACUCUGGAACGAACAUUCAUCGAAUCUUUAAAAAAAUAAAAAAAAAAUAAAAAAAAAUAGAAAAAAUUGAAGAUAAAGAAUCAAGUCAUUCGCCGUGAAACAUGAUUUUCUAUUCGUAUUAAUUAAUUAUUGUUGUUAUUAAUAAUAAUUAUUAAUAAUUGAAUGUACAUAUACAUCAUACCACACAUUCAUAAAUGCAUAGCCAGACAACACACAAGUGUCCAACGAGUGCUGGACACGAGUUCUACGUCGGUUAAAUUGGCCCAUACCAUGCGCAUCAGCUCACGAAAAAUGUUACGGCCGUGCGCGUAACAGAGACGAAUGCGAGAGAGAGCGCAAGAGAGUGUGUGAAAGAGGGUGAGAACGGAUAUGAACGUACGGGAGAAAGAAAGAAAGAAUGCUCAUUGUGAAUAUUUUUAUUAAAUUUUCAAGUUUGAUGACUUCCGUCGCAACAAUUAAUAAAUAAACAUAAGCAUAAG